GUCAAACUGUUUUCAGAGAAAAGACCAAGAAACCAUCGGAACUGGCAUCUGAUGCAGUUUGUACCAGAACAGAGUCUGAGCUCAAUCAGAACCUGCUGCUCGAACCUCUCUGCAGCACUCUGGUCCACAACCUGCUCCUUUUAUAACCCCAUGUUUCCUCCUGUCACAUCAUUCCCACAUACUCCCACUCUGAGUGGGCUCUAUCAGAGGAGAUGGGUGCGUGCGCGUGCGCGUGCGUGUGGCUCCGUGGGAAAGCAGAGGAGGAGGAGGAGGAGGAGAGGGGAGGACUCAGCGGCCGUCAGUCCAGUCUGCAGGCGACACGCAGGCACCUGCUCUGGGUUAUUUACCGGACACACGCCGCUGGAAAACCCGCUCCGUGGACCCGAGAGAGAGAUCUUCUGGUAGCUUCACUGAUUUCUGAGGAAGGAUGUUCAGCCUGGAGAAAAUUUCCAUCAGUUCCUGAUUCUGGAAAACAUCCUAAACUUCUCUGACUCUAAUGGGUUCGGUUGGUUCUUCCUGCAGAGAAAUAAACAUUUUAAAGUCCAGAUUUUAACUCUGGGAUUACCUGAAGACAUCAGAUCCAACCUGGUCAGGAAUAUCCCCUGCAGGUCCUCUGCUCACCAGCCUUGAUCAUCUCUAAACUCCUGCAGUAGAUCAGAGAGCAUCUCUCCCACAGCUCCGGGUCUCCUAAGGGGGACUCACACCAGCCUUCCCCGCUGUCUGUGCGCCAUGAAGCGGCCGUGUGAGGACAACAGCUCGGCGGAAAGUGAAGCGGAGGAGAGCGUCGAGGUGGGCCGAGAGAAGCUUUAUUCAGGGUGAGAAACAUCAAGCUUUCUUCAUGGAAGACCUGUGAUUAUUUGUUCUGAUUUUAGAUCAGAAAUAACGCCUGUUUAAAGAUUAAAGACAAAAAUAUAAUUAACUCUGCUUUCUGCUUUUAUUAAUUCACAAGCUAUUUCUGGUAAACAUAAAGUUCAUUAAAAUGAGAUGAACUUUGGUUAAAUGAUUUAGUAAAAAUAUUGUGAAAACGUUUUUCUCUGACUCAGAUGUCCUAUUAUUAUUAUUAUUAUUAUGGAGUUUAGCCUUUUACUGUUAGCGAAAAAGCACGUUUGGGUUUAUUGAUUUGCUGAUGCCAUAACAGUUUAUUUGAGCUGAUUUUAAUCUUUUUACGUGACAUGAAAAUGGUUAAAGAAGUUUAUUAUAGAAAUAUUUAGAAGUUUAUCAAUAAAAAUACGUUUAUUCAUUUAUUUUCAGUCUAUGGGCCUAAUUAAUGCUUGUGACAGAAACUUCUUACUGUUGUAAGCAGUUAUUUCUGUGCCUUCAUUUCAUAUAAUUGUUUCUUUUUAUUUAGAGACUGUUAACAUAUCCUAAGACAAAAGAGGAAAAUAAGCAUAUUGUGACUGAACGUUUCAGUCAAACAAAUCAUUAAAUCUACUUUAAAACACUGAUUUUAUUGUUAGACAAUUGGUCGAAUAGAAUAGAAUAGAAAAAUGUUGCACAUAUGCAGUAAAGCAAUAGGCAAGUAGAAACCGUUAUCAAGAACCUACAUCCUAUAGGACACAUACUGUGUACUGAGCUAAAGUACACUUGUAUGAACUGUGAUCAAAUAUAUUUAUCAUCAUCAUCAUAAUCAUUUAUUUGUUUAUUUAUAACAUGCUUUAAAAGCCAAAAGGCAACAAGAAGCUGUACAGGUAAAGAAGAAAUAAAAUAGAAGACAAAAAAAAUGAUAAAAGCCAUAAGCAACAAAGUACAAGGUUGACACUAUAAGCAAUAAAAGACAAAGAAGAAACCAGGAUUGGCCCGGUGGUCCUGCUCUCUGGAGUUAAAAGCCAGAUGCAUUUUAAAAAGAAAUUUAAAAUCAUAUAAGUUCCAGCAGAGCUCACAGAGAGGGAGACUGGUCCAGAAUCCAGGAGCUGCAGCUGAAAGAGCUCCGUCUGCCCUGGUCCUCAGCUGAGUCCUGGGAACCUCUAAGAGGUUCUGGUCUAACUUAGAGAUCUACUGGGGGUUGUGGAUGUAAAAGCUCUUCAAGGUAAGGAGGUCCCAGACCAUUUAGAUGUUUAAAAACUAAAAGCCAAAUAAUAUUACAAUUCUAGAAGAAACAAGAAGCCAGAGGAGUGACGACAGAACCUGGUGAGACGUUCAUGUGGGCUUGUCCCUAUUAGCAGACGGACAGCUGAAUUUAGAACCAGUGAAGGAGAGCCUGGUCCACCCCACCAUGGAGGGAGUAGCAGUGGUCCAGUCUAGAAGUAAUAAAUGCAUCAAUAUUUAUCCAAAAAAGCUUCAUGAACACUGAGAUCCAAGACUUAUAGCCAGAAAAGUUUCUGUAAAACUUACAAGUGAAAAUGUUAAAUAGCAGAAUUUUGUGUUUUCAUUUAAAAUGUGGAAUAAAAUGUAUUUUUUAUUUAGUGACUUUUGAUGAUUAAAUGGGUUUUUAUUUGUCUUGUUGUUUAAAUCCAUCAGGAAAAAAUAAAAAUGUUCAAAAACCGUUGAUUUUCCAAAUACAACCUUAGGAUCUCUGUUCACAUGUUUGACUUUUAGUGGCAAACACAUAAAAUUCAUCUCUUCUAAUCAGUUGUUCUUCCUGGAGGCUGAGCUCCUAAAAUCACUCAAAUGGAGAAACAUGGUAGUUUUAUGGACCACAGUCUGCUCCAGAUUCCCAGUAUUGUUGUGCACCAUGAUGAUCUAUCCAAGGAUUUGCUCUGCAGACACAUGAAGGCGUCGUUGAUCAGAUGUGGGGCUCCAACAACGACUACUCAGGUGAUGGCGAGGAAGAAACGCAGAGGGGUUAUCGAGAAGCGACGGCGGGAUCGAAUCAACAGCAGUUUGUCCGAGUUACGCCGACUUGUCCCAACAGCAUUUGAGAAGCAGGGAUCUGCUAAACUAGAGAAGGCUGAAAUCCUCCAGAUGACUGUGGACCAUCUGAAGAUGCUGCAGGCAACAGGAGGGAAAGGUUACUUGGACGCCCAUGCUCUGGCUCUGGACUUCCUGUCUCUGGGUUUCAGGGAGUGUGUGACCGAAGUUUCCUGCUACUUGAGCGCCAUGGAGGGCCUGGACUCCUCUGACCCCCUGCGCUCCCGCCUCCUCUCCCACCUCAGCUCCUGUGCCUCCCAGCGUGACGCUGCCGCCCUGACGGCUGCUUCCCGCCUGCAGCCUCAGCCACUACCUCCACCGUUCCACCCCCACCACUGGGCGGCAGCUGUGGCUGCGCUGCGCCCCCUGCCAUACGGACUGAGCACACUCCCAGUGUCUCCGGAUGCUGCAGGAGGGAGCAGUGGAGCCCCCCAGAGGCGUGUGGAGCUGUCGCAGCACAGCGUGACCUCCUCCACCUCCUCUUCACCUUCCUCGUCGUCCUCAUCUCUGGUGCACCCUUGCACUCCUACACCACUCUCCGGCUCCCUCUUCUCCUUCUCGGCAUCAUUUCCCAUCGCUCUCCAUGGAGGUAUCCCCUUCCUCCCACCUUCUGCCCUCAGCUCCACUGCUGCCACCACCAGUCCUCCCAUUUCCUCCUCCUCUUCCUCUCAGACCCCCCACAGCGGCACCAGCAGCAGUAGUAGUAAACCCUACCGACCAUGGGGCACCGAGGUGGGAGCUUUCUGACCAUCUACCUCUCAACUGCUGCAGCGUUAAUUUAACUUGAUGGUUUUAGGUUUUUCUCCACCAGCUGCUUGUUCUGACUCCUUUUGUUGUUUCAUAUUAAAGUUGAUCCACCAUCCUACAGAAAACCUGUCUAACAGAAAAACAGCUAAUGUUUCUGGAAUGUUUUACAUAAUCAGACAGAAUCAACUGUUCUAGAGCUCAUGCAAACAGAGAUCAAAACCCAGAUCCUUUGGAAACGGCAUCAGUUGCUGCCUUUAACAAUCAAGUCCACAGAUAUCACAAGAAUAACAAGAAAUUAGAGUUAUUUGGGGAUUUUUUCACUUUUUAAUCUAAAAAUAUUUAUAUUUGAAUCAGAUUAUUUUUAUAUCUGAGGUUUGUUUUCACCAUGGGUAUGAAAAGUCUUCACACACAUUUGCAUCUUUUAGAUAAAGCAACAGUUUGUAAAGAGUUUAGCGAUGUUCUCAUCAUACAAAGGUACCAGUCAGGAAGAGAGCACAAACAAUCCACAAAACAACAGGGGAGCUACACAAACUGGAAGUUUCCCAAAAACUGAUGAAAAGACAAGACAGAAAUAGGUCAGGCAGUCCACCGACAGCAACAAUGGAGGAGCUUCAGGAAUUUCUGGUUAGGACCGGUUUGCUGCUGUAUUCUCUAUGAGUCUCAGGAGUCGAGUUGCGAGACAGAAACGUUUCCUUCCACAGAAAACAUCCAAGCUGGGCUACAAUCUUCCAAAACCUUGUGAGUGAAUGGGGUAUUGACAGAACAACAUACUCACAAUGAAACAUGGUGGUGGCAGCAUCAUGCUGUGGGGCCACUUUUCUUUGAACAAAAUCAUUAACAGUUCCUAAAACUGGUGAGUUUUACCCAAACCUUCAGGUGUUGGCUAGAAAGCUAAAGAUGAAGAAUGAUUUUAUUUCUCAGCAUCACAGUUAGUCCAAACGAAUGAUGUCAUGAGAGGAAAAUUAAAGUUUAGGAACGGCCGAGCCGAGGAGUGUCUGGGUCCAGUCCUCAAGGGUCGGUUUCCUGUCCCAGCUUCGAUACAACUGAUCCAAUCAGUUCAAUUAUCUCCUCUGGAUGCAGAAGCCUGGUGAGAAACCUUUCAUUAGACUCAGCUGUGUUGAACCAGGGAAACAUCUGAAACAUGCAGGAUACUAGGUCUUCAGGACCGAGCCAGAGUCCAGAACUGAAUCUGAUGGAAAAUCUGAGGGUUGAAGAGGGCUGUGGACAGGUGACGAACUCACAAUCUGAGAGGCGGGAAGGACUUUAGCUAAUAUUAUCAAGUCAGGAAGUGACAUGCUGACGGACACCCACCAAAGAAGGUUGGACUUGAAACGGAAUCAAAAGGUGUCUAAGUUUAAGGGUGUGAAUACUUAUGCAACCAGAUUUCUGUGUUCUUCUAAAAGAUUAGUUUUGGUUUUUAGUUUAAUUCUAACAAAAUUUCAUAUUUAAGGUAGAAAAAAAAAAAAAAAUUGAUCAUGGUCUAGUUUGUCCACAACAAACACCUGAUGAUUUAUCAGGGGUGUGAACACUUUUUAUAUCCACUGUAAGAUGGUCACUAAUCCACUACGUGUCCCUGUGUGCCUCCUACUAAUAAACAUGACUACAUGUGCUGCUGA